AUGUCUGGUCGCCCAGGUAUGACUGAGAAGCGAUUGUCUAUACACCGUUUCCAACCGCUUCCUGAUCCCCCUCCAGAGGAAAUGGGGAACCCUAAUGAUGCCACGAUCGACAUCCCAUUAACCAGUGUCUCGAGUCGAGGCCAAACUGGCGCUCGCAAGGGCAGCGGGGUCACACCCGUUUCUACAAACCAUUAUGAGCCCCCAAUGGCGGACAUGGCCGAGCAGAGCGGGGAGAAGUCCAGCUUGGUUGCUGGCUCUGGUCUGGGUUCUGGACACGGGCCUGGUCGACGCAGGAGAGCGACAGAUGAGGACAAGGGACGGUCGUUGGAGGAGCCAGAGGAUGGGACUAUCACGCGCAUGGGACGCAUCUAUCAGGCUAUUCUCAAUUUCUCCAUUAUCACUCGUUAUAUGAUUUACGUGACGCCGAUUGGGCUGUUGAUUGCGAUUCCGAUUAUCGUGGGUGCGACGGUUGCGCAGGACGUCAAGAUUGGAGGCGUCGCGCUGCACUGGUUCUUUACUUGGAUUGAGGUCGUGUGGUUGAGUCUGUGGGUUUCGAAGAUAUUCGCUCACUUUGUGCCUUAUGUGUUUCAAUUCCUGUGCGGUAUUGUCAGCUCAGGGACGCGGAAGUAUGCGCUGCUGCUUAGGGCUUUGGAGAUGCCCCUUUCCCUGGUGGCAUGGUUGGUUGUGUCGUUGGUGACAUUUUUACCGAUCAUGACUAUGAACCCCUUGAACAAAGCAGAGGGUGAUACCUCCGUCAAGUCUUGGGAGAAAUCAGUGAAGAACAUCCUGUUCGCCCUGCUCGUCUGUAGCUUGAUUUUCCUUGGAGAAAAGACCAUAGUGCAGCUCAUCUCGGUCAGCUACCACCGGAAACAGUUUGACGCGAAGAUCAAAGAGUCCAAGCGCAACAUCUACUUGGUUGGCCAACUCUAUGAAGCCUCGCGCAACAUGUUUCCCAUGUACUGCAAGGAGUUCCGCGACGAGGAUGCCAUCAUCUCCGACACUUUCCUCGGUGCCGCCACUGCAAAGCGACCAGGGUUUGAGCGGUCUGGAAGCGGCGUCCCAUUGAGACUGAUUCGAAACGUUGGUCAAAACGUUGGUCGCUUUGGAGACAAGGUGACUGCGGCCUUUGGAAAUGUCGCCCAGGAACUCACGGGCAAGCAAGUCUUCAACCCGACUUCGGCGCAUUCGGUUGUCACCCAUGCGUUGGAACGUAAGAAGGCAUCUGAGGCUUUGGCCCGUAGAAUCUGGAUGUCGUGUGUCAUUGAGGGUCGAGAGGCCCUCUACUACGAUGAUAUACUCGAGGUGCUCGGUGCUGGAAGGGAUGCAGACGCCGAAGAGUGCUUCCAGAUUCUGGAUCGCGAUGGCAAUGGCGAUAUCUCUCUCGAUGAAAUGAUCCUGGCAGUGACUGAGUUUGGGCGUUCGAGGAAGGCUCUGAACCACAGUAUGCACGAUGUUGAUCAGGCGAUCCACGUCUUGGACAAUCUUCUGCUCACCGUAGCGUUCAUCAUCAGCAUUUUGGUUUUUGUCUCGUUUGUCACAAGUGGAUUUGGCACCGUCAUCGCUGCUGGUGCUACCUCCCUGCUGUCUCUGAGUUUCGUCUUCUCCACCACGGCGCAAGAAGUCCUGGGCUCGUGUAUCUUCCUCUUCGUCAAGCAUCCCUUUGACGUUGGUGACCGCAUCGAAGUCAGCGACAAGCCCUAUGUCGUGGAGCGCAUCUCCCUCCUGUUCAGUGUGUUUCGCAGUGUCACCGACCAUCGCAUGACCCAAGUGCCAAACGUCGUUCUCAAUGGACUCUGGAUUGACAACUUUACCCGUGCCAACGCCAUGCACGAGCAGCUGACCAUCCCCGUCAAAUUCGAAACCACCUUCGCCGACAUCCAAUGUCUCAAAGCGGAAAUGGAGAAAUUUGUCCGCGACAAGGACAACUGCCGUGACUUCCAACCUGAUAUCAACAUCGAAAUGGUCGGUGUCGGCGACAUGGACAAACUCCAACUGUCCGUCGAUAUCCGCCACAAAUCAAACUGGUCCAACGAAACCGUCCGUGCUGCUCGUCGAUCCAAGUUCAUGUGCGCUUUGGUUCUGGCCGUGCGCAAGAUCCCCAUCCGUGCACCUGGCGCAGAUGAGGAGGCCCCGGCAGAUGAUGAUGACAACAACAACAACGACAAGCCCGACUCUGACAACACCAAUGACAAGACCCCAGCUGCAGCCGGUCCAGCAGCAGCCUCCGGUCUACUCGCCAGAAACGGCACCAACGCAUCAAGCACCUUGCAACCCCAGGGCAAGUCCACCAGCAUCGACACCACCCGCCUUUCAACCGGAACCAUCUCCCGUCGCGGCGCACCCACCCACGAGACCGAAGCAGCCUACGCAGACCAACUCAACGUUCGCUCCCCAGCCAUGGACCAGUCGCGCGACGAGCAAGAAACCGAACCCGAUCACUACCAAACGCCCACCGGCUCACCCCGCAACUCGCGCCAGCUAAGCGUCAACUCCGGCGCCAACCCUUUACUCGCUCGCGAGCCCUCAACCGGCCGUCGUAAGGGCGGCACCACCCCUCCCGGCCCUGCUACCUACGCUGGUGUCCCCAUCAUCGCUCGACCGAUCCCUCCUCGUCUCCAGCGCAUGUCCGCGACCCCAACUGCUUCAAACACAGCCCUGAACGCACCACAACCUCCCGCAGGGCUCUUCAACUACCCCACCAACACUAGUUACUACCCUCCCCAGGAGACACCGUAUGCUAAUGCCGACACGCACGAGUUACCCACUACUACAGUCCCGUUGGAGGAGAGCCAGCCUUCGCCGAUUUUGUCUUCGCCGAGUGGCUUGCAGGUGCCGCCGUUGCCUCCGGCUCAUCGGCAUAAUAACGGAGAACAGAUGUGGACUCGGCCAGCGCGAGAGUAA